UGCCCUCCAUAAUAAAGUCCAAAUUCAAAAAGUCAUUGCACAUACUUGUGCAUAUAAUAUGUACAUAUCUUUUUAAACUGUUCACCAUUGUCAGAUGCCCAAGACCACUGCUAAACUAGAGGACUUUGAGGUCCUUGUUACCAUUGGCUCUGGAACAUAUGGAACUUGUAAAAAAAUUCGCAGGAAGGCAGACAGUAAAGUGUUUGUCUGGAAGGAGGUAGACUACCAUGGAAUGACAGAGAAAGAGAAGCAGUUGCUAGUCCAAGAGGUCAAUCUUCUACGUGAACUGAGGCACCCUAACAUAGUGCGUUACCAUGACCGGAUCAUUGACCGCACCCACUCCACACUGUUCAUCAUAAUGGAGUAUUGUGAGGGAGGUAGUCUAGCAGACCUCAUUGCAAGGAAAAGGAAGGAGAAGACCUACAUAGAGGAUGCCUUUGUGUGGCAAGUAUUUCACCAAAUCUUGUUGGCUCUGGAGGACUGUCAUAGAAAAAGAGAAGGAGUACAUAAGAUUCUUCACCGAGAUCUGAAGCCUGCUAAUGUGUUCCUUGACAAGGACCUCAAUGUUAAACUGGGUGACUUUGGACUUGCUCGAAUUCUCCAUCACAAUUUCUCUCUUGCAAAAACCUUUGUAGGCAGUCCUUACUACAUGUCUCCAGAACAAUUCACAGAAGAGCUGUACGAUGAGAAGUCAGAUCUGUGGUCUCUAGGUUGCCUAGUGUACGAACUAUGUGCCCUCUCUCCUCCAUUUACGGCCCCUAACCAAAGAGUCCUGGCCACCAGAGUCAGAGAUGGCCAGUUCAGAAGGAUCCCUCACACAUUCUCAUCUGAGUUACAGUCAGUUAUAGCUGACCUGCUUCAAACCAAGCCAUCAAGGCGCCCCAGUAUUCGAGAGCUUCUGGAGAGCGUAUCACAACACACUACUUUGUCACCUACCGUACAACGACAAACAAUUCUUGCCAACUUAACGGGAAAAUGUGAGAGAAAACUUAUCCAACGAGAGGAUAUAGUUAGAGAGAAAGAGAAAGCCCUUGCAGAAAGAGAAAGAAGAUUGAUUGCUAGGGAGAAAGCACUUGCUGAGAAAGAGCGACUAUUUCAUAAAGACACACAUGUUUACCGGAGGUCUCCGCUGGAACCUAUGGAAACUAACUCCUAAUGUAUGGUACCACUAUUUUACAUUUACAGAUUUUCAUUUGGGAGGGCAUGCAUUUGCCCUCCUUUUAGUUCAUCAAAGCUGAAUUAUUUUAACAACAUUAAUUAAGAGAGAAGUCACGAUAAAAUUUAAACUGCAAUUUGUUUCUGUUUUCUGUUACAUGUACAUAUCCUUUACAAAAAUGUAAUGAGUGUGCUACAUAAACUUGCA